AUGUUCCUUGACAAAAUAAAACCAACUACAGAAAUAAACGACGCAAGACUGAAAGAUUGGGUAAAAGCUUUCCCAUUCACAAAAGAUAUAGUUGGUAACAUGGAAAGAAAACCAGAAUGGCUACAAAAACAUAUAUUUGGAAACGAGCAUAUUCCAUAUGGACAGGCACUGUUUGAAGAGCUUGAACCGGAAACUCAGGAAAGAGUCAUGCAAACAAUACGCGAAGACUCAAAUACAGACUAUGACAAACUCUUUCUAGCAGAUAUAGGUUACCUGAGAUGGGCGACCAGAGCCAAAAGGCAAAAAGGACAUGGGAAAUUUGCAACAUACUAG